AUGGCUUUCCCAUAUAAGAAGAUUCUGAUUCUGGGGUCCACGUCGGGAAUCGGUCUGACCCUGGCUGAACGGCUGAUCGCACACGGAUGCUUUGUGAUCGGAGCCGGUCGGCGAAAGGAGAACCUCGACGCGUUUGUCCAGAAGCAUGGAGAGGGGAAAGCCGCAAGGGUGGAGGUUGACAUUGGUGAACUAGAGGCGAUCCCACAAUUUGUCGCGGAUGUGAUCAAGUCCCACCCUGACCUAGACUGCGUGUUCAUCAACUCCGGGAUCCAGCGGCGGUCGGUCUUCAGCGAGCCCGAGAGCAUCAAUAUGGAAAUGAUAACAGAAGAGUUCGCGAUUAACUACCUGUCCUACCUCUACCUGACGAAGGAAUUCCUCCCGUUCUUCCAGGCGAAGAAGGAUACGCCGACCGCGUUUAUUUUCACAUCCUCCGGUCUCGCGUUCGCGCCGAUCCUGCGCUGCUCGAAUUACUGCGCCACCAAAGCAGCGUUGCAUCACUGGACGCUGGCGCUGCGCGAGCAACUGAAGGAGACGAGUACGAGGGUCAUUGAGAUUUUCCCGCCCCUGGUACAGACCGAGCUGCACGAUGCGAAGCACCAGCCGGAUAUCACGGGUGGAGGGGGUAUGGGAUUGCCGGUGGAGGAGUUUGCGGACGAGACGAUGCGGAAGCUCCUGGCGGGUGACGACCAGAUCCCCGUUGGGACCGCGAAUAUUGCGUUCAACAGCUGGGAACAGCAGCGGCAGCAGCAGUUCCAUAAGACGGUGGAGAUGAUGAAGGGGAGUGGGUUGUGA